CGAGCACGACCGAAUCGUCGAGUUUCCGAGCUUCGGAGCUUCGAUUCCUUCCGCGAAGGGUUGUUAACACACGUCGCUGCCGGAGCGCUGCACGCUGAAGGGUCCGGGUUGAAAAACAUUUCUUAAAUAAAUAGGGACGACCGCCCUCACGCUGGGCAAGUCGGUUGCAACGUAUCGUUGGUGACAUCCGGGCCCCAACGAGUGCUGCGAUCCUCCUGCUCUUGCCGGAAGACGAUCUGCCUGUCUGACCCAGGCAAUCGGAAACUCAGUCACUCGUUUUACCACUACUUAGAUCCGUCGCACAGAGUAAUGUUGCACCGGCCGACCCCUGCAACCGCAACACCAUGAGCUCCGAUGCAGUCUCGACGCCGGCCGGCCGCGCCCUUCGCCGGUUAUCUCGACCAAAUCGCCGCCUCCCAGUCUUUAGUCACCUGCCAGUAACACCAUGGACCGUGUUACUCGUCGUCCUUGUUAGCUUCGCUUCAUACGCACUGGCGGCCAUCGCACCCUUGGAAACCCUGGCUGUCGGCCAUGGAUCGCUAAGGCGGGACGGCCAAGGAUGGGCAGCGCUGCCAGACAAGCAGUCAUCUCAGAGGGGGGACGUACAGAGGCGGGCCGCAUCGGAGGAUUCGGAGUCUACUACGGAGUCCUCGGAGUCCUCGGAGCCCUCGAAAACGUCGGCAACCCGGUCAGUCACGACGACAUUCUCCAUCGGCGUGGGGUCAGAAACGCCCUCUAGUUCGGGAUCCCGCUCGGCAUCCAGCUCCAGCACGACUGCUUCUGCAAGCCCUCUUCCCAGCAUCCUCGACAGCUUGGUGUACGAUUUCGCGCCGGGUCCCGACGGCGAGGCCUCGCCAUGUCCAACCUUCAUCAAGUCCUUCCUCGCCGACCCCAACUUCAAGAAGUGCUACCCCCUAUCCAUGCUGUUUGACAGCUCCCGGUCCUUCUUUGAAGCCCAGCGCUCGGCCGUCGGUAUCACGCGCACUCUCGACGCGACGUGCGCCGCCAACGCCACAUUCUGCACCGGCUACCUGAACCAGCUCGCUCAGAACCUCACCCAGCCGGAGAACUGCGGUACCGACUAUGAGCGUGGCCAGUCGACCGUCGCAGACAUCUACAACGCCAUGAUGGCCUACGGGCCCGUCUACAGCGCCGGGUGCCUGCGCGACCCGGACACGGGCGCCUACUGCUACGCCAACGCCGUCACCAACCUAACCAACCCGAGCUCGACCUACAUCUACUUCUUGCCGCUCAACAAGUCCCUCCCGGGGACCACCGUGCCGUCGUGCGGGUACUGCCUGCAGCGGACCAUGGCGCUCUAUCAGGCGGCGACGGCCGACCGCAGGCAGAUGAUUGCGAACACUUACGUUUCCGCUGCCCAGCAGGUCAACACCAUCUGCGGGCCCGACUUUGUCAACGAGACGCUUGCCGCCGAGGUCAUUCCCUCGAGCGCCGCGAAGGUGCCGGCGGCGAGUUUGUUGAUGACGAGCACGCUGCCUUUGUUAUUGGCGACACUAGCGUGGUUGGCCUAGAUUUCAUUUUUCCUCGACUUUGUCUUUUUCCACUCCUCCUCCUCCUCCUCCUCCUCCUCCUUCUUCUUCUUCUUCUUCUUUUCUUCACGAUUCUUUCCUUUACGUCGCCCAUUUUGUUUUGACAGUUUUAAAGGCAAGAUAGAAAGCAGCUCGUUCGCUGUGGUUGGAAGCAUUGGCGUUUUGGGUGGACAAUUGGUUUCUUCUUUCUCGGAACGAACUCGGCGAGUGCGGUGUUCAGGUGCAACUAUGGGAUAUUACUUUUCUGCUCCUUUUGAGGUUCAUCUUGGGAAGGUCUCUUUGAAACGAUGCGGAAAUGGGAUGUGAGGGCUUCGCCCCAGACGGAGUGGCGUUGGGUCUGGUGGCGAAGGCUCGCGGGCCGCUGCUCGGUCGAAUGUCAUCCGGCUCAGCUGGCGCAUUGGCGGGUAUCGAGUGGCUAUCUGGAUAGAAAAUAUAAUGUUUUGUGUAGUAC